GAUAGAUAGAACCUAAAAUUACACUAAACAAAAUUAAAGCUUAAUCAAAAUCCUCCUUUAUUUUCAUUUUUAUGAGACAAAAAUUCCCUUGUCCAUCGCAAUAAAACUGACCGACCUGCAUCUCACAUCAAGAAAACAAGUCAAAACACGACAUCGACCUUUUUAAAAAGAGAACAUUAAAUCCAGUCACACGUUGAAUCAUGAUCACUGGAGUUGACUGGUAUAGCAUGCUGUUGUGUGGAGUUAAUCAAUAUCUUUAAAAAACUGUCUAUUGUUUUCGGUGUUAUUUGUGUCAUUGUCUGAUCGUUAUUUAGAAAUUUUUCUUUCGGAAAAUAUGUAAAUAAACAUUUAAACUGAGUAGAAUCAGCCCAAUGGAGAUUUAGAUUGUCAUAAACAUACACAUUUUUAAGGAAUGUACAUUAAUGAAAUGAACCAUGAGUAACAUGAGUGGAACCAGCAUCAACUUUGACGGACAAGCUCUACAGAACAUCCAGGAGGCUGAGUACAGGAAAGAGGAAGAGGAACAAGAACAUGAGUUACGACAGUUGCUGACCAAUGCUUUUGAUGAUUUGAUGGAAGAUGAUGAGUUCUCUGUGACAUCCGACGAAGGAAAUGAUUCCAGAAACUCCAGUAUACAUAUUAAAAAUAAUCGACAAGAAGAAGACAAAGAAACUGAACAGACUCCAGGUUUAAAUGGUGCUAAUGGAUGGGGAAGAAGAUAUUUCCCUGGAUCUACCUCUACACCCCUCCCCACACACCAGGAAGUAGAUUCCCCCACGCCAUAUGACACAGUCCCACCCGUUAGACAGUCAAAAGAACUGCCCACAAUAUCUACCCGCCAAUCACAGGACUUACUCAGACAGUCCCAAGAAAUGGUGGCAUCCUCUUUACGACGUUCACAAGAAUCUGUUCGGCAGUCUCAAGAAAUGUUACGUCGCUCUCAGGAAGGUAUACUUGACGGACAUGAUGGGGGAACUACUAGUGAUGGUUACCAUAGCAACAGUGAAGGCAGUGCUAUUGGUCAUGUGAUUCAACAUGACAAAGGUUCUGAUUGGCUGGGUAAAGAUGCAUACAACAUGCAUCACCAUGGUAACCAAAUGAAUUUCAUUCCCACCAGUCAGAUUCCACCAAGUCAACAGAAUGCGUAUUCAGAUCUUGGUCAAGGGUAUGGACAAUAUUAUGGUCAGCAAUUUGGUGUUAUACCAGAAAGACAGGAAGCAGAAGGUGGGAAUACAGACACUGGGCAUGCUCACACAGAUCAUUAUGCCACACCCAUUUAUGCCCAUCAGCAGCAUCAGUUUCAUCCAGGUUUUUACAGAGACACCUAUCAGGAAGAGGAUCAACCAAGGACAGUUGUAACACCAUAUCAGAGUACCCCAUAUUCUCAGGGAUACCAAACUAUGCCUUCCAAUGACCUUGGAUACCACACAGUGACCUCUAUGGCCACAGGGGUCACUCCACAAAGUCACCAUGACCUAUACAGCUUACAGCAGACUCAAAGUCAUGAUGAACUACCCAGCAAGCCCUUGUCACCAAGGAAACAAGAUUUUACCGAAGACUACAAAGUUCAGUAUAAACAUGGGAAGGACAAAGAGAAUGAAGACAGAAAGGGAGAUAAUUUAACUAGACUGUCAAAGGGAGAUAAUAUGCCCAGGCAAACAAAAGAAAAUUUUGCAGCAGAAAGAAAUUAUUACUCAGACACUGAUAGUUCAGACAAUAGACAGUACCAGCAACUCCAGGCCUUGUACAAAGCUAGAGGCAGAAAACUGGAGGAAAUUACAGAAGAUUUGGAUACUUUUAAGGCUCAGAAAGAAAGGGAACACAGAAUACUCAAGCAUCAGCUCUCUAUUGCUCAAGGAGAAAAAGCAGGAGCCUCUACAAAUAUGGAACAGCUACAAAAUCUUCUGGUUGACUCUAAAGGUGAAGUCUCCCAGGUUACAGGAAAACUGAGAUCUUCUGAAAAUCAAGUGGAAAGUCUUCAGAAAUCUAAAGAUGAGUUGAUGAGGAAGCUACAGGCCACAGAAUCAACUAUAGAGUCCAUGUCACAACAGCUGACAGAGAUGGGUAACUCAGACAGCCUAGCCAGGGCGAGACAUGAACAUGAAAGAGUGAUUGCCUGUGUACAGCAGAAGUAUGACAAAGAAAUCAAAGUUCAGAAUGAAAAGAUUGAUGAAUUAAAUGGAAAAAUCAAUGAUCUUAAUUCUGAAAAUGAGACAUUGAGAUUAAAACUAGACCAGAGUUACAAGGCAGCGGAGAAUGCUCAGAUAUCCAGAGCUGAAACUAUAAAUAGACUGACGAGAAGUCUGGAGGACUCACAGAAACAAUGUCAGGCCUUACUUGAAUCAACUUCAUCACAUGAGUUGAGUCAGGUUAAGAUACAGUUACAGCAAGCCUUAGCUUCAAGGAAGAUUGGUGACGAGAUGUGUCAGACGUACCAAGAUGAAGUCAAAGACCUGAAGGAACAGCUCAACAUGUUUGAGGCAGCCUCAGCUCUGGGUGUCCUUAGUUCUAACACAUUGCAAGUUGAUAGUUGUAAUGACUCACUGUCGGACCUGGGCAUCAGGAAAACUCUGGACUUUCAGACACCCGACACUUCUGUUAGAACUGGUGCCAAUGCCUCAGCAGCUGAUGAUGGAACUGUCCACAGUCUGAGGUGUGAGCUAGAGAGAUGUCUACUCAGUAACAAGGAGAAGAGGAUCCAAGUCUCCAAUCAGCAGGAAGAACUAAGAAAGCUUAAGAGGGAGAUGGGAGAAUACAGGAUCAGGUGUGAGAGAGCUGAGAAAACUGCUGAGGAAUAUAAGGGUAAAGUACAAGAGUGGGAAGAUUUGCUGAGAACAGGGGACAAGUCCAAUGCCAUAGAAACCAGAUUGAAGAAGGAGGCAGAAAAUUUGAGGAGAGAGAAAGUCAUUCUAAACGAGGAUAUAGAUGAAUUAAAGAAAAGAUUAAAUGAAGCUGUUGUGAAUGAGGAGAAGUUGACUGAAAUAAACAAUCAUCUGAAUCAACAAAUAUCACAAAUGGUCAAAGAUUAUGAUCAAGAUAAACGAGAGGCUCUAGAAAGGUGUCAGAAGGCCAGUGACUCUGUACAUGAAAAGACGAGGGAUAACCUAAGAAAGGAACUUUCAGAAGAAUUCUCUUCAGAGAAGGCCAACCUUAUAAAGAAAUAUGAAACUGAAUGUAAUAAACUCAGAAAUGACUUGAACAAUGCCCUGCAAGAAGUAGAUGAUUGUAAAACAUUGUAUGUCAAAGUCUGUGAGGAGAAAGACAAAUUAGAACAGAAACUGAAAGAACAGAUGGAUGAGUCUCUCUCUGAAAAACUUAAAACGCUAAAAGAAAGCCUUGAGAAGGAAAAGGAAUCGGAAGUCAGUAAAUUGAGAGAAGAGGUGAAGGACGAAUGCACUAAAGCUAAUGAUAUACUGAACGGUAAAAUAAGGGAACAACUAAAGAAAGAGUUUGAAGUGGAGACAAAGAAAACUGUAGAAACUGAGAUUGCUAUGGCCAAAGUAAAAUGGUUUGAAGAACAGAAAGUUGCCAAACAGACAGCUGUAGAAAAUGCUGUGAAACUCGCCGAAUCUGAGUGGCAAUCUAAACUGGAAACAGCUCUCGAAACAGAAGUUGACAUUCGUGUGACAGAAGCAAAAGAACAGUGGACAAAAGAAAGACAGACCUCAUUUGACAAGGAACUUCAGAGUAAACUGACCAAAGAAAAAGAGAAUAUCAAAAUAGUAAUGGAGACGGAAUUUGAAAAGAAGUUGAAGAAAGUGAGAGAGGAGAUGGAGAACGAGAAAGAUUCAGAUGUCAGGAAGGCUGUAGAGAAAGAGAGAGUGAGGGCUACCAACAGGGCCGAGGUCGAUAGAGAAGUGGCAGUACAGAAGGAGGAGGAGAAAUGGAAAUUAAAGAUGGAGAAGGAUCUGGAGAUUAGACUGGAGAAGGAGAAGACAGAUUGGGAGGAGAACAAUGAAAUUGAUGUUUUACAGAAAAUUCAUGAAGAGAAACUAAAAUGGAACAGAAAAAAAGAUAUAGAAAUAAAAGAACUUCUAGAGGAAGAAAGAACAAAAUGGCAGAAUAAUCUGGAGAAACAGACAAGAGAAAGAGAGGAAAAGGAUAAACUGACAGCUGAGCAGAGAGAGGUGGAGCAGAAGAAGGAUUUGAAGCAAGCUAUAGAGCAUGCUCGGAGGGAAUGGGAGGACUCGCAUGAGUACAGUGUUGAGCAGAUAAAGAAUUCCAUGGAGGAACAGAUUCAGGAAAGAAUAUCUGCUGAGGUUUCCAUAGCAAUAGAUGAGGCUAGAAAGGAAUGGUUACAAGAAAAACAAAAGGAAAGGUCUGCUAGUGAGGAACUCAGUCUGUCUGUUAUAAAAGAGGAGAGGAUAAAACUUAAACAGAGUGAGAUAGAAACUUUGAAAGAUGAGAAUGGUGAAUUGAUUGACAAGUUGAAACAAAGGGAGGAGCAAUGGAAGGCGGAGAAAGAGGCAGUAACUAAGCAGAAGGAGGCGGAGUUUAAGAAGAAAUUAGAACUGGAGAUAUCAGAGUUACAAGACCAACAUGACAAACUGGUCAAGGAGAACCAUGAGACAUUGACUGAGGCUUUGAAACAGGCCAGAGAAAAAUUCUUCAAAGAAGUGAAUGAGUUAAAGAAAAGCCAUGAGGAAGAAAUCCAGAAGUACAGAGAACUCUUACAGAAGGAAGAUGACACUGCAAAUGAUUCCUUCAGAAGAAACAUGGAAUCUCAGAGAAAGCAGUGGGAGGAGGAGAAAAGCAAUCUGGAACAGGAAGUACAGGAAAGAGAUGCAUUGUUGGAAAAAGCUGACAGCCAUUUGUCUCAUGAAAUAGAAAAAUUAACUGCAGAAAUUGAGAAAGCUUAUCAGACUAAGCUUGAGACUGAGAUUAAUACUGCACGGCAGAAAUUUGAUCAUGAGUCAAAUAAAUUGAAACUUCAGGACCCCAAUGUUGAAAAGUUGAAAAAGAGGAACAAAGAUUUAGAGGAAGAAAAUAAAAUGGUGCUCUCAAAAUAUGAAAUGUUGAAAACAGACACUGAAAAGUUUAGGUCAGAGGUUGAUAAGGUCGUGAGAGAAAAUCAAAAGGUCAAGUUCGAAAAUCAAAAAGUUCAGUUAGAUAAUCAAAAAGCUAAAGCUGAUAGCCUUAGAUUCAAGGAAGAAAAUCAGAAAAAUACAGAAGAAAUUAAGAAUUUGAAAAAUGACCUUGACACUUUAAAAGAAGAAAAUAAAUUUGUCAAAUCUUCUUUAGAGGAAGUUUCCCAGAAUUCAGCAGAAGCUGCAGAAAACUAUAAAAAGUCAAUUAAUGAACUGAAUGAAAAGUUACGGAGUCAGUCGGACCAAAUGAAAGAACUAGAUUCUCUGAAACAGGAAGUUGAAACUUUACGACAGGCGUCAGAACAAAUUAAACUUGAGCAGGAGGCUGUUGAAGAACAGAGGAAAAAUCAAGGUGAAAAGUACGAAAAAUGUAGGUCGGAACUGUUGAACAUUAUCACGGAGAAAGAGAAAUUAGUUGACAACAUUCGUAACUUGGAGACAGCAUACAAAAAGGAUCUUGCUUCUCAAAAACAAAAACAGGAUGAAGUUAACGAAAAAUUGAGAAAGACUGAAAAAGCUUAUCAUGAAACUAAACGUUACUAUAGAAAUGAAAUGGAGAAAAUCAAAAGGGGUCUGGAAACAGAAAACAAUAGCGCCAUGGAUACGAUGAAAUCCAAAAUGGUAGACAUGCAACACAGCCAUAAGAAAACUUUGGAAAGCAUGAAAAGGCAAUUCCAGUUAGAAUAUACAAGGAUUAAUAAUGAAGUGAAAAAUCUGAGAGAAAGGAGUCUGAAUUCAACAGAAGUACAGACUGAUUCUGAGGAUUUGGAUGAAGAAAAUGUGAUGCAGAUCAGAGGCCAGUACUUAGAUACUGUUACCAAAAUUAAAGAGGAUGUUAUGAAACACAUCACUGAGACCAACAUGAGGGCAGCAGAAACAGUUAGAUGUGAAAUGUUAAAGGAAAGAAACGCUACCCUAAAACAACUGAAACAGAUCUAUAUGGAUAAUGUUAGGAAAGUCUUACAAAAUGAGAUUAUUGGUUUAUUAAAUGGAAUAUCAGAGGAUGGGAAAACUAAAUACAUAACAGUUGAAGAGUACCGUGCAAACAUUGAAUCUAAGCUGUCAGACAUAGAGCAAGCUUUGGAAAUGAUAUCAGUCAAUAGUUCAAGGUCACAUACACCUAGAGAUGAGAUUUCAAGGACAAAUACCCCAACUCCAAGAUCUUCCUCGAUAGCAGGAUCAUGUGAGCGUUUUCCUGUUGGUUCAGGCUAUAGGGUUUCUGACAUAAACAUUGAUGAUGAGAAAGAAAACGGCUUCAAAUUCAAACCUAACAUUUUAUCCAAUAUUAAAUCUGGUGACCAUUCCCCUGCUGAAGCUAAUAUUACUGUGCGAGAUAGAAACCAAAGGGAGACAAAUCUUGGAAGGAAGUCCCCAAGGGAGCUAACUAGUCAGUCGUCACCUAGAGAUGUGUUGUACAGUGUCCAAGAGAAGUUGUCUAGAAGUGGCAUUGUAGAAAGUGAUACGGACAAAGAAAGUUAUGAACAUAGACCAACAAGUAGUUCUUCACGAAGGAGUGAAAGCGAUUAUGAUCGACCUGUUAGUAGUUCUUCCCAAAGAAGUGAAGGGAAGGAUAAUGUAUAUAGUAGUUCUUCACACAGAAAUGAAGGGAAAGAAAAUGUUUACAGUAGUUCACGAAGAAAUGAAGGGAAGGAAAAUGUGUAUGUUAUGAAUGAGAAUAAUGAAAAGAGGUCAACAAGUGGGUCAUCGCGAAGAAGUCGACAUGAAGAUCCGUCGAGAGUAGAUCGACAUGAAAGAAAGUCUUCAAGACAUGAACCAAGUUCCACAGCUAGAAAAAGUUCCAAAAAUGUACAUUUCACCCCUACAAAGGAUUUAAGUAAAAAUCUAUCAAGACAUGAAAACGGUCAUAGUUCUCGUACGAACAACCUUCAGCAUUUUGAUUCCGUUCAUUCCGGUGACCCUGCUUCCAGAGAAUAUUUGUCUUCAUUGGAAGCACAGAAUGAUGCAGAAGAAAAAUUCUCUGCACUUGAUCCUCGCCCAAAUCAGACAAGUAAAAAGUCUUCACCAGAAGUUCAGCCUGUAUUUACAUCAAACCGUACUCCUCGUGAUUAUUUGUCACCAAGGGACACAACUCCAUCAAUAAGUCACCAACAAAGUUCACUGUUCAAGGCUCGUUCACAACCAGAGUUAGGUUUUGGAUUCGAACAGCCAUUUUCAUUGAGAGAAUCUGGCCUUGGUAGUUAUAAAUACACGUCCUUGAGAGAUGCCCUGGGGAAAACCCCUGUCGCUACCUCACCAGCUAAAAAUAGCAGCAUAUCCCAAGAAGACUUGAGAUCUUAUCCAAUAAACAAUACUGCCUUCAGAAAUCAAAAGGCAUUGAGUGUAGACAUUGGACUCCAUCAUCUUGGUCUGGAAAGGUCACCAAGAAAAUUUAAUCCCUCCCCUGAAAAAUUAGCCCAUGAUGCAGGGGAAUCCCCGAUGGGAACCCCUAGACUGAGGAGGAAGAUAGCGCCAUUGAGUUUAGAGAGAGAGGAAAAUAUGUCCAGCCAGGAAAGAGUCAACAGAGAUUUUAACAGAUAUCACGGGGGAACAAAGACAAAACCAGUUAGGAAUCUAGUAGAACAAUUUUCUGGUGUUGUUUAGUUUUAGUAUUAUUGCCAUUUUGAACUUGGACCACAUAUUUGAAAACCAUAAACAUUCACAUUUUAUUAUUAAGGCUAUUCCUUGUCAAAUUUUAUUUAAAGGAAUGUGUUUCUUAGAUUAAUUUAGAAAUGUAAUUUUGAUUCAAGAAUUCACUUAAAGUAUGUCAACAUUUUAACUCAGAAACCACAAAAUUAAUGAUUUUACACCAACCUCUUUUUGUUCUGAAAUAUUUUUCUGUGAAAUUAAAUUUAUGUAGUAUUGUUCUUCUAAUCAGUCAACGAAAUUGUGUGUCCAAGUUAACAAAUAUCUGUGAUAGAAAAUUAAAAUUAUGUGAAAAAUGGGUAAUUCUUAUGUAAACGUACUAAGAAAACUCUUGGGUGACUAAACUAAGGAAGAUAACUCCUGUUUGAACCAGUCUGUUUAAUAUGUUUGAGGCUUCCAUAGGACUGUAGAUGCUGCUAAAGUAUUGAAUGCUUGUUUUUAUUAUGUAAUGCCAGUACAAAUAUAUUAAUGUAGUUAUAAAAACUUCUGUUAUAUCUACAACUUAUGUUCAGUCAAAAUAUUUUAUUCAAAUUCUGUAAAAACAGAUAAAUCUUCUUGUGUUAAAAACUGUCAUCAUGGACAAAUUUCUUUUAUUUCUUUUUUCAUUUUAUACUCACAUGAAUGGAUUUAAGUUUAUUUAAGAUUUUUUUUAUACCAGUAU